AUGGCCGAACGCUACAUCCCAGAGCAUCGGCGCACGCAGUUCAAGGCCAAGAACACGUUCAAGCCCGAGGAGCUGCGUCGCCGCCGCGAAGAGCAACAGGUCGAGAUCCGAAAGGCCAAGCGUGAGGAGAACCUGGCCAAGAGGCGAGGCAUUGGCACUGGCGAUUCGCGACCUGGUGCCUCCCUCGGUGCUGCCCCCGACAGCGACGAUGAGACCGUUCCUACCGAGAGCCAGUUGAACGAGGACCUCCCGCAGAUGUGCGCUGGCGUCUUCUCGGACCAGAUCGAUCUCCAAAUCCAGGCCACCACGAAGUUCAGGAAGCUUCUUUCCAAGGAACGUAACCCGCCCAUCGAGGAGGUUAUCAAGACUGGUGUCGUCAGCCGAUUCGUCGAGUUCCUCCGAUCACCCCACACUCUUGUGCAAUUUGAGGCAGCAUGGGCCUUGACCAACAUUGCCAGUGGCUCUGCCACGCAGACGCAGGUUGUCAUUGAGGCCGGUGCCGUGCCCAUCUUUGUCGAGCUUCUCGGAAGCCCCGAGCCCGAUGUCCGCGAGCAGGCUGUCUGGGCCCUUGGCAACAUUGCUGGCGACAGCCCUCAGUGCCGGGACUAUGUCCUCAGCUGCGGUGCUCUCAAGCCCCUUCUCGCUCUGCUUGGCGACAGCCGCAAGCUCAGCAUGCUCCGCAAUGCUACCUGGACCCUCAGCAACUUCUGCCGUGGCAAGACCCCUCAGCCUGAUUGGAACACCAUCGCGCCUGCUCUGCCUGUCCUUGCCAAGCUCGUCUACAGCCUCGAUGACGAGGUUCUCAUCGACGCCUGCUGGGCCAUCUCGUAUCUCUCGGAUGGCUCCAACGACAAGAUCCAGGCUGUGAUCGAGGCCGGUAUUCCUCGCCGCCUCGUGGAGCUCCUGAUGCACGCGUCCACCUCUGUGCAGACGCCCGCUCUGCGCUCAGUCGGCAACAUUGUUACCGGCGAUGACGUUCAGACCCAGGUCAUCAUCAACUGCGGUGCCCUGCCGUCGCUCCUCUCGCUCCUUAGCUCCACCAAGGAUGGUAUCCGCAAGGAGGCUUGCUGGACCAUUUCCAACAUCACUGCUGGUAACUCGGCCCAGAUCCAGUCGGUCAUCGACGCCAACAUCAUCCCUCCCCUGAUCCACUUGCUGUCAAACGGCGAUCUUAAGACGCGCAAGGAAGCUUGCUGGGCCAUCAGCAACGCCACCUCGGGAGGACUUCAGAAGCCCGAGCAGAUCCGCUACCUCGUCUCGCAGGGCUGCAUCAAGCCUCUGUGCGACCUCCUCGGCUGCCCCGACAACAAGAUCAUCCAGGUCGCCCUUGACGGCCUCGAGAACAUCCUCAAGGUUGGCGACCUGGACAAGCAGGCUGCCGGCGACGGCCCCGACUCGAUCAACCGCUACGCACUGUUUAUCGAGGAGUGCGGUGGCAUGGAGAAGAUCCACGAGUGCCAGACCAACGCCAACGAGGAGAUCUACAUGAAGGCCUACAACAUCAUUGAGAAGUACUUCUCUGAUGAGGACGAGAACGCCGACGACGGCAUGGCGCAGACCCAGGGCCCCAACGGCACCUUUGGCUUCGGCACCACCAACGGCGCUCAGCAGCAAGGCGGGUUCAACUUUGCCAACGGCGCUGAUUCCAUGGACAUGUAG